GAGUUGACAUUGAUGAAAUAUUACAACAUGAUAUUGAAUCAUUUGUUGUACGUCAUGCGGGAAAAUAUGUCUCUAGUGUAUGCACUGUGUUUCUAAUUCUACGAACUAGUAAUUGAUUUCCAAUAAGCACAGCUUUAAGAAUUUAGCUAUCAUCUCAUAUCUGGAAACUAGAACAUUAAUUACGUUUGUGAUAUACACAUUUUAUAUUUUUCUGCAAAUAAAUAUUUCAAAGUGUAAAGAAAACAUAACUAUGACCGCUAUAAUACCUUCCGAAUCUACGAGCUACAAUGUAUUCAUUGUACAUGAUGAUGAUCAAUGGACCAAUGAAACACUGUUGACGCUUCUCGAUGAUGAAAACAUAACAUACUUGUCCUUAGAAAAUGAUGCCGUUCCAGGAAAAUCUCUACUGGAGAAUUUUCAUUUUCUAAUCAGUAAAGCAAAGAAGAUUUUAUUCAUUGUUUCGGAAGAAUUUUGUCAAAAUGUGUAUGGUCAAUAUAUGGUUGAUAUUGCAUUCCAAGUGCAUUCAACAGAAAACAUACUCACAGUUAUAACGACUGGCAAUUUAGGGGUAAAAGGGUUAGGCCGACUGAGACGCGCGCGGACAUUUGAUGCAAAUUCUGAAAAUUUUAGCCAUGAACUACUUAAUGAAAUAAACUCAUAUGUUCCCGAGUUUUUCGAAGUUCUUUCCACUGGAACACUAUUCGACUUGUUGUUUUUACAAGGCUUAUGCUUGCAACACUUCAGGGGUGAAAUAUUUGGUCUAAUAGUAACUGCUUAUGAUAAAUAUUUAAAGGUAAAUCUAGACGAGUUCUCGGGACAUUUAGACAUCCACAAUAAAUACAAAACAGCGGAGGUAUGUGGACAAUGCAAUUUUCUCUGCAGUGUUGACACGAGUGUGAGCCUGGCAGUAAACGAUGAUGUUUCUCUGGGGUCCUUCUCAGAAAAUAUGAUAAAUGCUUUUGCAAACAUUUGUCAACAUGUUUGCGACGCUUCUCACAUUCGAACUAAUUGGGGCAUUGUUUUAUCCGUCAAUGGAUCGUUUACACAAAAUCACCAGGCGAUUGUACCCCAUUUCUACAAAGCCGUGUUUGCAGCAAUUAAUAAAGAAACAGAGAAAAAAGUGAAAGUAUUUAUGCCUGUGGAACCAGACUAUGUUGAAAUAGAGAAAAGAUUGGCAUCGUUCAACAAUAACUGGGACGAAGAAUCGCUUCCAAGAGCAAACGAUAUGGCAAAAGCCGGGUUCUUCCUUACGGAUAAACCGUGCUUUGUAAAAUGUCAUUACUGUGGUUUAAAUAGAAUACCUGUACAAAAACAUGAUGAGCCUAUUCGUUUACACGCUAAGUACACAGUAUGUCCAUUUAUAAAGGACUUGUUUCAAUUAGAUAGCACUCCGGUUGAAAAGCCAAAAGAAAGUGUCUUUCCGAUAGAAUCAUAUAGAACACUAUCAUCAAGACUUUCGACCUUUGAAAAACUAGAAAUCUCCAAACCGACGACAAGAAACCACAAGACUGAAACAAGCAAAAUAUUUGCAGACGCUGGAUUUUAUUAUAAGGGUAUAGAUACCUUGUUGGAGUGUUUUACUUGCGGAUUAAAAAUAAUUUACAAGGACAAUAUUGUAGAUCCUUUGGUCGUCCACGCUGACCUCUCUUCGAACUGUUCGUUUAUACUCGAAAAGAAGGGAGAGUGUUUUGUUCAAACAAUCAACAGUGUCAAGAGGCUGAGGGGUUCCGGGCAAACAGUCAUUACAUUUCUUCUCAAGAAAUUUGACGGAAUGCACCACCACAAGAGCGAGACGACAUUAUUCAAUUUUACGUUCUGAUGUCAAUUGAUUUCAAGUCGUUGUAAAGAAUACCAUUUAAUAUAUUUUGGAUUUUUUAUCUAAUGAAAUUCUUGUUAUGUGUGUGUGUGUGCGUGCGUGCGUGCGUGCGUGCGCGUCAUACCAAACAUAAUUUCUACGUAGACGUCUUAUCAAGCCAUCCGCAGCGGGGUGCGAGAACAGCCGCCACAGAGACUUUUUGAUAUCAGACAGACCUCUGGUUUACAUUGAAAUAUAGAAGGAUUAAAUUUUGCUUCAACCAUUUUUAAUUUCUGUUUUGAUAUUUAAAUUUAUCACUGUUUCUACGGUAAAAUUCAUUUAUCUUUCCAGUGGUGUAUUUUUUAUCAAUGUAACACUUAUUCUUCUUGCUUCCAAUUCCAUUUGAAAUCAGCCAUACUGGUAGUAUUUUCCUGUGUAACCUACAUAAAAUGCAAGCAAAACACGUUUUUCGCUAACUUUAAAGGACAUUUAAUAAUGUUUCUCUUCUGAAACAAAUUUUAUCACUGUUAUGACAUUAUGAAAUUAUAACAAACAAGGAAAAUGAUGAUACAAAAAUAUUUAAAGUAAUUUAGCAGCAUCUUGCUUCCAAUUGCAUUUAAAAAUGGUUAAAAUUGCAUUUUAGCGACCCUGUCCAAAAUGAGUUACUAUAGUAUGUUCGGUUAGCUGAUAAGAUACUCCGUAGAGGAGGCAAAGAUGUUUGAAGUAUAAUAGCUGGAAUACCAGUGUAUGGCUUAAGUUUAUCGACUGAUUGUUUUAUAAAUAAAAGAUAAAAUAUUA